AGACCCUCACGUGACCCGGUGCAGUCAGUGGAAGUCGAGCUCAGCGCAGUCAUGGUGAAGGCGGUCUGUGUAAUGAAGGGGACCGGAGAGGUGCAAGGCGUGGUGCACUUCCACCAAGAGGGUGAUGGACUAGUUACAGUUACGGGGACUAUUACAGGAUUGACUGAUGGAAAACAUGGCUUCCAUAUACACGCUUAUGGCGAUAACACGAAUGGCUGUAUUAGUGCUGGCCCACACUUCAACCCAGGAAAUAAAACUCAUGGGGCCCCUGAAGAUACAGUGAGGCACGUUGGUGAUCUUGGCAAUAUAACUUCUGCAAAUGGUGAAGCAAAAUUUGAGUUUACGGAUAGUGUGAUUUCUCUUCAUGGCGACCACGACAUUAUUGGGCGUACUGUUGUGGUCCAUGAGAAGGAAGAUGACCUGGGCAAAGGUGGGAAUGAUGAGAGCCUGGUGACUGGCAACGCCGGUGGCCGCUUGGCAUGUGGUGUAAUCGGACGUGCUCAGUAACAUGGCUGUAUGAGAAAGCUCUUGGUUUUGUGGCCUGACAUACAUAGUUCAGAUUAACUGCAGUAAAUGUUAAAAUUCUAUAUAUUUCCUGUUCAAUUUACUAUCCAUCUGUAAGACUGCUGGAAAAGCAGUGUGACCAUCCACUAUACAGAAACGAAUAACUUUAUAUAAAAAGUAUAUAUAACUUUUCCGUCUUGUGAUGUCAUUCAAUAAAAGUUCACCUUGGUCACCUA